AUGGAGGAAAGAGAGAAUAUUCUUCAUGAAGGUGUUGAAACUAGUAUGAGUUGUUUGGAGACAUCAACUUUGAGUUCAAGGAAGAAAAACAAGAAGGUGGAGAAUAAAAGAAGGUUUAGUGAUGAACAGAUAAGGUCACUAGAAUGUAUAUUUGAGUCAGAAUCAAAGCUGGAGCCAAGGAAGAAGAUGCAACUUGCAAGAGAUCUUGGUUUGCAGCCUAGACAAGUUGCUAUAUGGUUUCAAAACAGAAGAGCUAGGUGGAAAUCAAAGAGGAUUGAACAAGAAUAUAGAAAACUUAAAGUUGAGUAUGAUAAUUUAGCUUUGAAGUUUCAGUCUCUUAAGGAAGAGAAAGAGUCUUUGCAAUCAGAGGUUCAGAAGCUAAGUUAUAUGGUGGAAACAUAUCAUGAUGGUGGAAGGGAAGGUAAGGAAAACAGCACAGAAGAUGGUGGAUCAGGAAAUGGAUAUAGAAAUUGUAUGGCUGAAACAAAGGAAAGGAUUGCGAAUGAGGGAUUGGAGGAGAGAAUGGUAAUUUAUUCAGAUGAUCAAAAUGAAAGAAGCUUAACAAGGACUGAAAAAGUUGAUGACAGAGAAAAUCAGGUUUUGAGAAAUGAAGAAAUUCCUUUGACAGCACUUGAAAAAUGGUACAAUGUUGAUCCAAGUGUUAUCUUAGACCAGUCAUGUAAUAGUUCUCAAUGGUUGGAUUUUUGGCCUUAG